GUGUGUCUGUGUCUCUGUGUGUGUGUGUGUGUCUGUUUGUCAGUGUGUGUCUCUGUGUGUGUGUCUACCGGCCUGUCUCCACGCGUGUCUUCAAGAAGUGUCUCAUCAUUUCGGGGAGGAGAGAAGAGGACGAGAGAAGAGCGCUCACGACAAUGGCUCUGCCCCUCCACCUGUGGCAGCAAGGCGAGUGAGUGGAUCAACAGGUGACAUGUUCUCUGACUCACCGCGCAGGGACGAGGGGGCCGUGCUGGUGGUGGGGGAGGGGCUACUGGACGACGAUGACAAAGACAGAGCCAAGAGGGCGUCGCGUAACAAGUCUGAGAAGAAGCGUCGCGACCAGUUCAACCAGCUGAUCAAAGAGCUGAGCUCCAUGCUGCCCAGCGCUGGUGGACUGUUGCACGCUACCCAGCAGCGAAAGAUGGACAAGUCCACCGUGCUGCAGUCCACCAUUGACUUCCUGCACAAGCACAAGGAAACGUCAGCGCAGACAGACGCUGGCGAGCUCCACCCAGGAUGGAAGCCGUCAUACCUCAGUGAUGCCGAGUUCACUCAGCUCAUGUUGGAGGCGAUGGACGGGUUCCUGAUGGCCGUGACGACGGACGGCAACGUGGUGUACGUGUCGGAGAGCGUCACUCCACUGCUACAGCAGCUGCCUUCUGACCUGGUCGACCAGAAUCUGCUGAACUUUCUGCCUGACCGUGAGCACGCGGAAGUGUACCGCCGUCUCUCCUCCCACGUGCUCCACCUCGUCACCACCACCGCCUCGUCCACCACCACCGCCACCACCGCCUCGUCCACCACCGCCUCCUCGUCCUCCUCGCACUACCUCGAGGAAAGGAACCAGCUGGAGUUUUGCUGCCACUUGCUCCGUGGUUGUCUGGACCAGCGCUCCUCACCCACUUACGAGCACGUCACCUUCACGGGAAACUUCCGCUCCUACGACAACGGUGAUCUCUCUCUCUCUCUCUGUCUCUCUGUGUCUCUCUCUUGUCUCUGUGUGUCUCUCUGUGUCUGUGUGUGUCUCUGUGUCUAUCUGUGUCUCUCUCUUGUCUCUGUGUGUCUCUCUGUGUCUAUCUUACGAGCACGUCACCUUCACGGGAAACUUCCGCUCCUACGACAACGGUGAUCUCUCUCUCUCUCUGUCUGUCUGUGUCUCUCUCUUGUCUCUGUGUGUCUCUGUGUGUCUCUGUGUCUCUCUGUGUCUCUCUGUGUCUAUCUUACGAGCACGUCACCUUC